AUGGUGAGAUGUACGAAGUGCGACAACUCUGCAACGAUAAGUGAGAUGCUAUCUUUCCUCAUUUACUCCAUUCUUGUCGGGUUUGUUGUGUGCGAAUCGAAUGCAGCCGGAGAAAUCAACGUAGCAAAGAGUGAUGAGAUGACUGUGGAAUCGGUAACGGUGCCGGACGUGAAUGAGACAGGACUCAACGAUGAUUUCACGUUUAUUCUGUACCGGUUGAGGAGUGCUGGUAAGGAUGUACUGACUGUAAUCAAGGGAAUCUAUGAUGUGGUGUUUGACAUGGCCCUUGGGAAGAAGACUGACGAAAAGGGACUCGAAGAGAUUCUGAAGAUGCUCUCUCGUCUCAGUCCUGAAAUGAGGGAGGAGAUCGACAAUUUAUUCAAAUAUGCUGGAAAACGCUGA